UUUCAUUGACAUCCGAUAGAUGUCGCACUUGUUAUCAAUCGUGUAGUAUUGCACGCGGUAAAUUUUCGUAGCGUGUAACAUGCCAUUAUAUUAUUUGCUGGUAUCGAAUAAGUUUACUUGAUAAUUUUCAACUUGAUACGAUUAAUAACUCGAUAAAUUAUACACGAUGGAUUAUCAAGAAGAGCAACGAAACGAAAUCGAGGCUUUGGAAUCAAUUUAUUGUGGAGAAUUGGAAAUUUUAAAUACAGAGCCAUUCUAUUCGUUCGCUAUACCGAUUAAAACAGAGGAGUAUGAACCUGAAACAGACAACGGUCUGAGUUGUCGAUUAGAAUUUACUUAUACGUCAGAAUAUCCAGACAAAGCUCUUGUCGUUUCAAUACAAGAUCCAGAGAACUUUGAGGAAGGUAGUGGGGAGGAAUUGACUGGACAUUUGAUCGAACAAAUAAAUGAAAAUUUAGGAAUGGUAAUGGUCUUUACGUUGGUCAGCGCAGCACAAGAAUGGAUGAAUGUACAAUGGGAUAAAAUAAAAUUACACAGGGAAGAGUGUGCCGCUUUAAAACUUAAAGAGGAGGAAGAAGCUGAAAGAAAAAGAUUUGAAGGAACCAGAGUUACCGUAGAAACCUUCUUAAGCUGGAAGGAAAAGUUCGACGAAGAAAUGGGAUACACUAAGAGAAGAGAAAUGGCAGAUCGAGAAGGAAAGAAAUUAACAGGAAGAGAAUUAUUCAUGACAGAUAAGACUUUAGAUCAAUCUGACCUUAAAUUCUUAGAUGAUGGAGAUGCAGUGAAGGUAGAUGAAAGCUUAUUUCAAAAUCUGGAUGAUCUCGAUUUGGAGGAUAAUGACGAGGAUGAUCCUGAUUAUGAACCAAAUAACUCUGACAAUGAGAGUGCCUAAAAGAAAUCUAAACUAAUCGAUUGUAUAUUUCAUAAAUUAUUGUAUUCUAAAAUGACCAUCAAUAAGUUCAUGCGAUAAAAAUACUUACUAAAUUUGUCGAACUUAAAAUUCUAAUGUUUAAGAUCAAUUUUAAGUAUCGAUAUUUAGUGGGUUUGGAAAACAAAUAACUUGUACGCAUCAAACGUACCACUGAGAGGGAGGUGUAACUCUUUAAAAAAGAAGAAAAAGAAAUGAUACAUUUUUUCCAAACGAUUGGUGCUGCGUUCCCAUAAUAUAUACAUAUAUAUAAUUAAAAGUUUUUAUCAGAUGAAUGAUUGAUACAAAGAGAACAAAUGAGAGAUGGUUGGUCGAAUACGAUCGAAAUAAUUUUUAUAAGUAUGUAAAUAGAAAUUUUCGUUUCAUAAAACACUUUGUUUACUAAAUGUUCGUUUAUUUUCUCAAUUUUCAUCGGCUAGUUUCUUCUUUUUUUUUAAAUCUCUUGUAUUUAAGAAUGUAGGUAGAUUAAUAUGAUAGAAUACUCAUCGAUAUUAUUUAACAUUUAGAAUUUAACAUUUAUUUAUAGCGUUGAAACAAUAUAGUUUACGAUUUUAAUGAGUAAGAUGUUUACUCUUUUACCAUUUUUCUUCUUCUUCUUCUUCUUCGUAUUAUUUGAGACAAGAAACAUUUUAAUACACAAUAGGAAAAAUUUAAUCGAAAUAAAGUAAAUAUAUAUAUAUAUAUACCUAGAUAGAUAUAUUUUCUUUAACUUGCGAAAAUUGGCAGUAAUUGAGGUCUAUUCGAUGUUCAAUCGAUUAAUUUCUAUAUUUUAUUUGUUUGUUUGUUUGUUUCGUUUUCAGAUACAACGUAGGAACCCUUUGACAAAAUGUCCAGCUUAUGAAUUUUUAAAUAUUGACAUUUCUUUGCAUUUUGUUUCUUUUUUUUUUUUUUUGUGGUUUUAUCUU